CUGGUCGACUCCGUUAGACGCGAUACCCAAGAUGAAACAAAACAUUCGGACAGCCGAUGGCCUGCUCAGGACCGUGCCCAAUCCCGGAGAGGUCAAACCGGAGCCCAUGACUGGCGAAGAGAAUAUCCUGAUUACAUCGGCGCUACCCUACUGCAACAACGUACCCCAUCUCGGUAACCUCAUCGGGAGUAUACUCAGCGCGGAUGUCUUCAGUCGGUAUAGCAGGUCAAGAAAUCGCCGCACACUGUACAUUUGUGGUACCGACGAGUAUGGAACGGCAACAGAGACACAAGCUCUCAAGGAAGGCAUACCCCCUCAAGAGCUUUGUGACAAAUACAACAAGCUACAUCGCGAGACAUACGAGUGGUUCGACAUCGGCUUUGACCACUUCGGGAGAACACCCACGGCCGAACACACGGAGAUAUGUCAGUCCAUGUACAGAAACCUCGAUAAGAACGGAUUCUUGGAGAAGCAGUCGAAGGAGCAGACAUUUUGUGAGGGCUGUAACAAAUUCUUGGCAGAUCGUUACGUAGAAGGCAUCUGUCCCAACUGUGGCUUCAACGACGCACGCGGUGACCAAUGCGAUGGAUGUGCACGCACGCUAGACGCGAUCGACCUCAUCCAGCCACGCUGCCUCGUCAACAAGGACCACAAGGUCGUCCCAAAAACUACGUCGCAUAUGUACGUCAGCCUAGACAAGCUCCAGCCUCGCGCAGAGGAGUGGAUCAAGAAGUCGUAUGGGAAGGGCAAGUGGAGCCAGAACGCGACGAUCAGCACCGAGGGUCAGAUCACCGACGCCAGGAUGAAGGCCGGCCUCCGUCCGUCGCCGGUGACGCGCGAUCUGACAUGGGGUGUGCCAGUGCCACCUCUAGGGCGGGAUGAUGACGCGGAGAUGAAGGGGAAGGUGUUGUAUGUCUGGUUCGAUGCCCCCAUCGGCUAUCCAAGUAUCACCGCUACCUACACCGACAAGUGGAAGGAAUGGUGGUUCAAUCCCGAGAACGUCAAGCUGUACCAGUUCAUGGGCAAGGAUAACGUGUACUUCCAUACAAUCUACUUCCCCAGCAUACAGAUCGGAGACGGGCGUGAUUGGACUCUGCUACACCAUAUUUCUACCACUGAGUACUUGAACUAUGAAGGAGGCAAGUUCUCGAAGAGCAAGAACCGUGGCGUAUUCGGACCAGCGGCGAGAGAUACGAAGCUGUCGUCUUCGGUGUGGAGAUACUACCUGAUCUCUGUACGGCCAGAGAGCUCGGAUUCCAUGUUCUCAUGGGCGGAUCUAAUUGCCGCCAACAACAACACACUAUUGAACAACUUUGGCAACUUCGUCAACCGAGCUCUGAAGUUUGUCUCCUCGCAGUACAACGGCGUCAUCCCCGAUAGCGGCGAUGCCCCCGGCCCUCUGUCACCCAACGACGAGAACGACUCUGAUUUCAUCCAAGACGUGAACAACCUCCUGAAGGAGUACAUCGACGCCAUGGACGCCGUCAAACUACGCCUCGGCCUCCAGACCGUCAUGCUCAUCUCCAUCCGGGGCAACGCCUACCUGCAGUCCUCGGGGCUCAACAAGGCGCUCAUGGAACAAAACCCGCAGCGCUGCGCACAGGUCAUCUCACGCGCCAUCAACCUCAUCUACACGCUCUCCGCGCUCGUAUACCCGUUCAUGCCCGCCACCGCCGACGCGAUCCUCGAGCAGCUCAACGCGCCCGCCCGUGCGGUGCCCGAGUCGCUGUGCGCGGACAUUCUGGGCGGACACGAGAUUGGCAAGCCCGAGCAUCUGUUUAAGAAGAUCGAGGACAAGAUGGAGACGGAGUGGAAGGCGCGGUUCGGCGGUGCGCCUGAGGCGCCGGCGCCGACGGACCCGGAGAUCGCGCCGUCGAAGCGCAAGGCGAAGAAGGAGAAGGUCGCUGUGGCUGACAACGUUUUGGAGGAUGAGGGCCCGAAGAGCGAGGAGGUGAUCGCCCUGGAAGCAAAGGCGACGGAGCAAGGCAACGUCGUGAGGGGCUUGAAGGAGGCGAAGGAGACGAAGGCGAAGAUCGACGAAGCGGUUGCGGAGCUCAAGAGGCUCAAGUCGGAGGUAAUUUUGCAGAAGCAGAAGGAGAAAGCUGCUGCUGCUGUGUAGUACGACGAGGAACCCGAAGUAACGAGUGUACAUACCUUGCGCGUGUAAUAGUACGUCUGCUUUAAC